AUGCCAGUACAAGGCAUCAGAACGGUAGCUAAGGCCAGGAACGGCGUGGGCGCCUUCAUCCUACAAUGCAAACGUUUGGAUUUCCACUACUGCGACUGGGCUGGUAGUUCGAGAGGCAUGGUCGCUUUCCUGAAACACUCUCUACCCUCCUUCGCCAAAGCAAACCCUCAGAUCGAAAUCCGAGUAUCACCGCGGCCGCACAAACACCCGGUAAUCAAAGGUCACUAUAUCAACGGACGAGAGAAAGCUGUCUGCGUUCGGAAUAUGGAACCUGAACAAAUUCUGAACAAGGCGAAUUUGCUCAAGGAAGCCAGCGGCGAGAAGCUCAAGCGCACCAAGAAACCCGUCACCAGUAUCAACGAGAGUGUAAGAGGCAUCUGGUCCCCGUACCACGGAGAUCUCAAGAUGAUCCUCGACAUGAACGGUGAUUCAGGCGUCCAGUUUGUGGCGGCGCGGCCAAGAAAGCGUCCUCAUCAUCAUAUGUCUGAAUCAUCACGAAGCCAGCAUCAGCCUCGCUGGCGCUCAGAAGCUGAACCAUCCUCGUCCCAAGGCCACAAUUCUCCGCAUAGCCGCCCACCGUUGCCACCGAUGAGAUAUCCUGGAGAUGGAUAUGAUUUUCGUCGGCCGAUAAUGUCUAACUCUCCUCUAACAGAGGAUAUAAUAGAUUUGACGAACGAGCCAGAUUCUCCGGAAGACCAGAGAAGACCGCAAAAUGGCGACUCGCGAACAACACCACGACUACCACGAUUUGGAAGAAACAUAAUGGCGGAAGUGGUCGAUCUUGAAGAACCAGAAGAUAUAAUUCGAGUAGAUUCCCCAAGCAGUCCGGAAGUGCAGUUUGUCGGAGCUACCGUUCGCCAGCCAGAGUCAGUGCCGGCACCUCCACCUAGAAAUCGGGGCUUCCUAGGGGCGAAUCUCUGGGACUUAAUACGAUUGCAGCGUGAAAUGGCACCGCGUCAUCUCAUGUCAAGAGAGGAAAGCUUCAGACAAGAAAUCGCAUGGAGAGCACGAGACCUUCAACGUCGUCCGCCCGAUGAGGUGGAUAUGUUUUUGCUUGGUGCUGCGGAGGAAGCUAUCGAUCUUGAGGAUGCCAUGGAUCUCGCGAUAGUCGGGGAUAGGUCAUUGAGAGUUGAGUAUCCUACUUCUGGGUUGACUUCGGAUAGAGGCUCCCGUCAGAGCUCGUACAAAGCGCCAAGUCCUCCCUCCGAAGGAUUUACGAGAAGCGCUGGGGAGGACGAUCUGGUCGUGUGCCCAAACUGUGAUGAGGAACUCGGAACAGGGGAUGAGACAAAGCAACAGAUAUGGGUAUCGAAACCUUGCGGACAUGUUCGUGCCAACUUCCUACCAUAUGUUGGGACCUAG